GCUUGUCUAUCAUCCCCGACAUAGUUGAUUCAUAAUUGCAUACAAAGUCUGAUACACUCAUAUCGAGACGCGCUUUCUGCUUCCUGCGCAAUAUGUCUUCACGUCGGCCAAUCUAUUUCAACCCUACAGCAGCGGGCCAGCGCUGCCAGUUUUCACCAAUUGAGGGCCUCGACCAAUUCCAUCGGUCGCUUCCCAAAUACUCUCAGUCCCCUCUCGUUUCUUUACCAGAUCUUGCGGCAAAAUUAGGCGUCCGCGCCAUUUUCGUCAAAGAUGAAAGUAAUCGUUUUGGAUUGCCCUCAUUCAAGGUUCUUGGAGCGUCUUGGGGAUGUUAUCGAGCUUUGGCAUCCAACCUCGAACUUCCAUUGACAGCUAGUUUGAAUGACCUCUCUGUAAAAGCCAAGGAACGCUCAAUCACCCUAAUUGCCGCAACGAAGGGCAACCAUGGAAGAGCAGUUGCAUUCAUGGCAAGGCUCCUGGGCAUUACAGCAAAAGUGUUCGUACCCGAUGCAAUGGAUGAAGGUACGCGGCGUCUCAUUGCAGCUGAAGGAGCUUCCCUGGUCAUUGUCAAGGGAGACUACGAUCAAGCCGUACAGGAAGCAUCAAGGGCGACGCGAGCAACUGAUGGAGCACUUCUCAUACAAGAUACACCAUUAGAAGGCUACACUGAUAUCCCGUCGUGGAUUGUAGAGGGGUAUUCGACAAUGUUCUUUGAGAUCGAGGAGCAACUUGGCUCUCUUGGCUUGUCCAGCAGCCUUAUGGUUACUCCUGUCGGUGUCGGGAGUCUGGCACAAGCUGUAGUGAGAUACUGCAAAUCUCGAGAAACACCCGUCUCAGUGCUUGCUGUAGAGCCAGAUUCUGCGCCGUGUUUGCAUACUAGUCUGACUGCUGGACGGUCAGUGACAGUUCAAAGCUCCUCAACGAUAAUGGACGGGAUGAAUUGCGAAACCGUUUCCUCAACUGGGUGGCCUGAGCUGCAGCAAUCGACCGACGCUUGUAUAACAGUGUCAUCAUACGAAAGUCACCGCGCAGUUCAAUAUCUUUCUUCUCACUCCGUCGCUGCUGGACCAUGCGGAGGCGCAUCACUGGCAGCACUAUGGCAUUUAGCUGAAUCAGACAAAGCCGCUUCGCUUCUCAACAAAGACUCUGUCGUGGUUCUUCUCAGCACAGAGGGCGCACGAGAUUACAUGACUCCUUGGGAUGUAUCGAUGGACGACGGUGUCGGCUUGACUCAAGCUCUCGUCCGUAUCAACUCCUCGAAUCCUACUCUCUCUAUGGCCGACGGGGCCGGGGAGGGCCAGAUCUCCAAUUACCUCGAAGCCUGGUUUGCCCAUCGUGACAUUGAAUAUCACCGCAUCGAACCCGUUACCGGACGACCAUCUGUGGUCGGUGUCCUCCGCGGUAGUGGAGGCGGCCAAUCCUUGAUGUUCAAUGGCCAUGUUGACACUGUCAGUCUCUCCAGCUACGAAAGGGAUCCCCUCUCAGGAUCAUUAGGCGAAAAAGAUGGCAAGCAAGUUAUCUUGGGAAGAGGUAGCUUGGACAUGAAGGGCGGGUUAGCUGCUGCUUUAGCUGCUGUGUCGGCCACAAAAGCAGCCGGUCAUGUUCUUAAGGGUGACGUGAUCCUGGCCGCCGUAUCGGACGAGGAAGAUUCCUCCCAAGGGACUCGGGAUUUGCUGGACGCAGGUUGGCGUGCAGAUGUCGCUAUCAUCCCGGAACCGACCUCGAGCACAGUUUUUAUCGCGCACAAAGGCUUUGUCUGGGUCGAGUUGGAUAUUCUUGGAGUCGCUGCACACGGCUCAAGACCUGACGAGGGAGAAGAUGCUAUCCUCCUUGCAGCGCGGUUUCUGCAAUCACUGGAACGAUACCAGCAACAAUUGCCUGUUGACGAGACCCUAGGACAGGCAUCCUUACAUUGCGGAUUGAUACGGGGUGGCGAAGAACCUUCCUCCUAUCCCGCAAAAUGCACCAUCACAGUCGAGUUCCGCACCGUUUCCGCACAAUCUGAGGAAUCAAUCUUGAGCGACCUCGAUGCAAUGUUAAGAGGUAUUUCCCAGGAGGAUCCGCGCUUCAGAUACACCGCUCCUCGUGUAACGCUUUCUCGGCCCGCACAGAAACUGGAUCCUAACGACCCAUUUGUAAAGAGAAUGGUUGCAUGCUCAUCUACUGUUUUGGGACGUCACCUUCCAGUCCAGAGCGGCGCCUUUUGGUGUGAUGCAGCCCUGCUGGGCGAAGCUGGAAUCCCGGCAGUCGUGUUCGGUCCUGACGGUGCAGGCCUGCAUAGUAAGGAAGAAUGGGUCGAGGUCAAUAGCCUUAACGAAAUGGAGGAAGUGUAUACGGAGCUCAUUCAUGAGUUUUGUUCCUGAGGCGCGGUGCUGUUAGAUCUGAUAAUAUCAUGGCAUUUGUAAAAUCGAUUUCAGAUUAAUCGUAGAGUAGGUAAAAGAGAUGCAUGGCAUUUGGUGGGAUACAGCAGCUACAUGUAUUGUUAUAGCAUUCGACGCGCCUUGCCUAAAA